AUGUAGUCCGAUGGCGCGUUUUGGUGGCACCGCAACCACUCAGCUCAGAAAGCCUCAGCAAUUCUCAUCUCCGCCGUGUCGCUGCCGAGCAUGGCUGGUGGCGCCGCCGUGAUGACGUUUGAUGAAGCAUGGCCUAUUCUGCAGGAGGAAGCCAUUAAUAAGCUCAUCGACUAUCUGCAACCUGACGAGCCGUUCAACCGUCAAAUUUUCACUUCUGCAGACUAUAUGCGAUUAUACACAGUUGUUUAUAAUGUAGCUUCUCCAAUCCCAUUAGGCCCUGAGGUCGACAAACUGUACAAGCAAUACAAAAAAACAUUUGAGGACUACAUCUCUUCUGAGGUAUUGCCGUCUCUCAGGGGAAAGGAGAGCAAUGAUCUCUUGAAAGAACUGUUGAGAGGAUGGAAAAAUCAUAAAUUUAUGUUACUUUGGCUUUCUAGAAUCUUCUAUUAUCUUUCAAGAUACUAUAUAUCGAAAAAGGGACUGCCUUCUCUUGCAGAGACCAGUCACUCAGUAUUCUAUGAUAAGGUUUUCGGAGAAAUCAAAGAUCAAGUCAGAGACGCUGUUGCAUCAUUUAUUGAGAGGGAACGCGAAGGUGAAAAGACUGAUCAGCCCUUGGCGAAACAAGUGCUGAGCAUAUUUGAGGAAAUCGGAGGUGAUGCAUUGGAGAACUACGAAAACGAUAUUGAAGAGGCCAUGGUUGAAGCUUCUGCAAAAUUCUAUUCAGCAAAGGCCUUAGACUGGAUGGCUACCAUGUCUUAUGAGGAAUACAUGCUUAAGGUUGAGCAAUGCUUAGAAAUGGAGAAAAGCAGAGUUUCAGAGUACUUGAAGCUCACAAACAAGAACAGAGUAUUAGAGGUUGUGCAACAUGAACUGCUCAACGUACAUGCAGAACAGCUUGAAGAAAAGAGAGCUUCUUCAUGAUGAAGUUUGCUUGAUAAAUAAAUCUAUGCAAGUUUAUGUUUUUCCAAACAAAAUAUGACCUGCUAUUUCUUACUCCCAUGUUAUUGAAUAUAAAUGAGAUGGUGGAUAUGCUAAGACUGAUCCUCAAAA